ACAGAGAAAGAGAUCUAUCGGAUUGACCACUAUUUGGGUAAAGAGAUGGUACAGAAUAUUCUUGCCCUACGUUUUGGGAACCGUCAGUUGGAGCCGACCUGGAAUAAUGAACACAUCGCUAACGUUGAGGUGCUGUUCAAAGAGCCGUUCGGCACAAUGGGAAGAGGGGUUUACUUUGAUGAAUACGGUAUGAUUCGGGAUGUCGUGCAAAACCAUUUGCUUCAAGUGCUGGCACUCAUAGCUAUGGAAAGACCAGAAGCUAACGAUGCGGAGAAGAUUCGUGACGAAAAAUUAUAUCUAUUGAAACACAUGAAAGACUUAGCAAUGGAGGACAUAGUGUUGGGUCAAUACGUGGGAAACCCUAAGGGUGUCGGCGACGCCACUAAGGGUUAUACGGAAGACGACACCGUGAAGGACAAGAACUCGACGACUGCCACCUAUUCUCUGGUCGCCCUUCACAUCGAUAACGACCGCUGGAGAGGAGUUCCCUUUUUCAUCAGAUCUGGUAAAGCGACUGAUGAGAGCAGAGUUGAGGUUAGGGUUCAAUACAAACCAUUGGCUGAAGACCUGUUCAAUGGUCAGGCGAAGCGGGAUAUG